AUGACUUCCCGCCAAAACAUCAGUUCGGGCUCUGCCUUUGAAGAGCUAAUCGGAUAUUCACGAGCUGUCGUAACUGGUGAUUGGGUUUUCGUCAGUGGCACUACUGGUUAUGAUUAUAAAUCUGGACAGAUAUCGGCCGACGUUGCUGAACAGGCCGAUCAAACAAUGACCAACAUAGCGGCUGCACUGAAGGAUGCUGGUGCUUCGGUCUCGGAUGUUGUUCGUGUCCGUUAUAUUCUACCUGACCGUGAUGACUUCCCCAAAACGUGGCCGGUGUUGAAGAAGUGGUUCGGGGAUGUUCGUCCUGCUGCAACUAUGGUGCAAUCGGCAUUGAUGAAGGAGGAGAUGAAGAUCGAAAUCGAGGUCACUGCGAGAACAGGAUGUGGUGGAGAUACUCAUUGA